UAUAUAAAAUAAGAAAUAUAGAAAAAGAAAAACGCUUAAAACACAGUUACAAACAGUAUGUGUUUGAAUUGAAUAGAAUGAAUAAGUCAGAUCAGACCGUGGAAGCAAAGCGUGCCACAAGUUCUGGGGGCGAUCCGAAUCCAAAUAACGUACAACAAGAUGUAUUAAAACAAUCAUCGAGCCAAUCAUUGCACCCAAUAAUCAAUAGUAGUGCUACAACAUCCAUAUCCGGUCCACUGUCAAGUCAAAGUACACGUUCAUCUACCACCACCACUGGCCCUGAUUCCUCAUUCUCUUCUGGUAGUAGGAGCACUCAGCAAAUACUCAUGCCCCGUUUACCUUCUAGUGACUCCUUAAAUUAUUCAACAGGUCCUGGAUCACCAGGCAUUUCGAACGACAGCCCAAGAUGUGAAUCUACCACAAAUUUUGACAAGAGUGCCAUUAAAUUAUCCCGUAAGGAAUCGUAUAAAGCACAACGGAAACACUAUCGUAAGGAGAAGAAACGUGUCGCAAAUGAAGUGGCAACAUCCUUAAAGGAUUCAUCCGUGGUGGUAUUAGCUGAUUGGUUAAAAGUACGCGGUACUUUGAAAACUUGGACAAAACUCUGGUGUAUAUUAAAACCCGGACUUUUACUUUUAUAUAAAAGUCCUAAAGUUAAGAGUAAUCAUUGGGUGGGAACUGUACUUUUAAAUGCUUGUCAAGUAAUUGAACGACCGUCGAAGAAAGAUGGUUUUUGUUUCAAACUAUUUCAUCCAUUGGAUCAAUCAAUUUGGGCACCACGAGGACCUGAAAAGGAAACAAUUGGAGCUGUUGUCCAACCACUGCCAACUUCUUAUUUAAUAUUUCGGGCACCGUCUCAAGCAGCCGGUAAAUGUUGGUUAGACGCUCUGGAGUUAGCUUUACGAACAUCAUCCGUUUUGGUACGUUCAAUGAGUAACAAAUCGGGUUGCGAGAGCACAAAUCAUGAAACUCAAUGGUCAGAAGCUGAUUAUGAAAAACAUUUUACGGAUCACGAUUUAAACGACGGCAAUCAAACGGAUAACGGCAACAUGAUUGAAACAUUAAGUGCUGUUGAAGUGACCGAUUCAGAAAGUGAGAAUUCAGUAAAGGACGAAGAAUUAGUUGGUGAAGAUGAGAAAGUUGACGAAAUACCAUUAGAAACACCGUACGUGGUAGGCCAUGAAGAUGAAAUUGGAACUGGGGAACAAACCGAAGAAUUAGCGGAGGAACAUAAGUCAUUAAUAUGGUUUUUAGUGAAGCAAGUUCGACCUGGAAUGGAUUUAAGUAAAGUUGUCUUACCGACAUUUAUUUUGGAGCCACGUUCAUUUUUGGAUAAAUUAUCCGAUGCCUACUAUCAUGCGGAUAUUUUAUCAACAGCUGUUCUCGAAAAUGAUCCAUAUAACCGAAUGAAAUUAAUUACAAAAUGGUAUCUAUCCGGAUUUUAUAAGAAACCAAAAGGUCUGAAAAAACCGUACAAUCCAAUAUUAGGGGAAACGUUUCGAUGUUAUUGGCAACAUCCCAAAGGAUCACGUACAUUUUAUAUUGCGGAACAAGUGUCACAUCAUCCGCCUGUAUCCGCGUUUUAUGUUACCAAUCGACAAGAAGGUUUUAGUAUUAGUUGUUCCAUUUUGGCUAAAUCGAAAUUUUAUGGGAAUUCAACGUCAGCGAUUUUGGAUGGUAUCGCUACGUUAUCGUUACUGCCACGUGGUGAAGAUUAUACGAUGACUGUUCCAUAUGCACAUUGUAAGGGGAUUUUAAUGGGUACCUUAUCCAUGGAAUUGGGAGGAAAAGUUUCUAUUGAAUGCGAGAAAACUGGAUAUCGUACCGAAUUGGAAUUUAGACUAAAGCCAUUUUUGGGCGGAUCAUCUGAUAUGAAUUAUAUUCAUGGACGAAUUAAACUUGGAAAAGAAACUUUAGCAACUAUUGACGGCUAUUGGGAUGGACAAAUACGAAUUAAGGAGCGUAAAGCUGAUGGUGAACAAGUAUUUUUUGAAUCAACUACCGAAGUACGUCAUACUCGAUUACCCAGAUAUGUUGUGCCACUGGAACAUCAAACUGAAUACGAAUCAGAACGAUUAUGGCAACAUGUAUCAGCGGCCAUACAGCGUGACGAUCAAGUUGCUGCCACCGAAGAGAAAACAAUUCUCGAAGAGGCACAACGUAGUGCGGCCCGUGAACGUUUAGCCAAAGGCGAGGAAUGGAUACCGAAACAUUUUCAAUUGGACCCAAUCACACAUAACUGGAUUUAUAAAGCGGCCGAUUCACGACCAUGGGAUGUGAACAACGAUGUGUACCAGUUUGAGUAUCAGUACGAUAUACUCACCAAGACCAGACAUCCAACGCCUGUCAUUCGUACAUCCAGUAUUGUUAGUGUUGAUCCACAGGGCUCGUAUAAUCGUCCAGCUGUGGCCGUAAUUAAAGCACCUCCACGUAGACAAAAAUUAACGAAACAAUCGAAAAGUUUAUCAUCCGAGGUUCGUGAAAGUAGUGAAUCAGACGGUGAAGGAGAAUUCCAUUCGGAUUCGAGUAGCGAUCGUAAACUUCGUAAUGCAAACGACUCAAGGACAUUAUUGGAACACAUAAAUCGUUUAGAAGAUCUCGUGAACAACCAGGGAAUAGUUAUAACAAGUAUUGUGAAUACGUUAGACAAAAUGGAACGCAACCAACAGCAACUAGCUAAACGUACUGUAACAGCUUUAAAAUCACAACAUGGCAGUCACGGUGGAAGUGGCUACGGUAUAAUGGGUCCGUUCAACAUCGACACGAUUUGUAUAAUAUUAUUAACAGUUGUAUUGCAAUGUUUGUUCCAAUGGCUAUUUACUCGCCGCACAAUUUUAAUCGAAAAUCAACCAAAUGGCGUUUAAAACUUAUCCACAAAUCCAAAAAAAAAAUGUUAUCCAAAAAUUUAAAUAUUAUGUUUUUUCUUAAUAC